CCAGUUUAGAGCGUGAGAACAGCAGAGAUACACAGAAGCAGCACGAUGGCUGAAUUCAGAUGGAUUAAAACAAAUUUAUUUUUCAUCCUGGUGCUUCAGUUUACAGGUUUCUCUCUCAUAUUAUCAGCAGCAGCAACUGGACAGCGUCCCCUCUUAACUGUCAGAGCUGGAGAUGAUGUCACUUUGUCUUGUGAAAAUAAGGCAGAUGAUCAGGUUAACUGUGACGGUACUACAUGGCUCUUCCGUCAACGACUAACCUCACAAACAGAGCUGGUUAAUCAUGGGCAGCUUGUUGAAAACACUAAAUCAGACAGACUGAAUAUUACAGAGAAAUGUUCUCUGGUUAUGAAGAAGGUCACAGAUGAGGAUGCUGGUUAUUACAGCUGCAUACAGGACCACAAAUCAGAGCAACAAAGUUUUUUCCGUGGGUAUGAAAUGUCUGUUCUUAGAAUGACUGAACGUCAGGACACUGAUGAGGUGACAUUAAACUGCUCUGUGAGGACAUAUGAACGAUGUCCACACACAGUGAAGUGGCUGUUUCAGGGUCAAGAUGUGGAUAAAGACAACAAGGACAUAAAGACAUCACAGUCUCCCUGCUCUGCCUCUGUGACCUUUCUGACUUCUCUCUACAUUUACACAUCAAGAUAUAAGUUAUUUACAUGUGCAGUGACUGAUGGUGACAGAGUGCAGGUGUUUCCCUUCAGAUCUCAAUCCUCAGGUGAGGACACAACAACAGCAGCAACAACAGAAUCAGCAACAACAACUGAAAACAACACAACAGCAGCUUGUACAGCUUACUGGUCUGCUCUGGACUACAUCAUGUUGGUGAUGCGUGUGGCUGAACUCCUCCUUAUAACUGUGAUUACUGUUCUUCUCAUCAGAGCUUCAGGGAACCAGAGACCACCUGAUGACAACACUGUGAAUUGUAAUGCAAAUGGACAAGACGUCACAGUGAACUAUGAAAACGUCACAGUGCCUUCUGUUUCUGUCAGACUCCCCUGAUCAACAACCUCCACACCAACAUCAACUGAGAGCUGUUAAACAUGUCUUCGCAGCAUUAUUUUACAUGAAACAUAAAUCCUACUAUCAUUUUGAGGUCUCAGAUGACAUGUUGUUUAAUGUACUGAUGUGGAGAAAAAAAAGCUGAUGUUGUGUUAAACCAGUUCUCACUUGCAGCCAGAUAUUAAAGCAUUACUUUUAUCUCAUUUUAAGAAUGUUGCUGUACAUUUAAGGACAUUUUGUUUUUUCCUGUAUCAGUUCUGAAAUAACACAACUUCAGAUGACUUUCUCAGGGCAUCAUCCAUUUGAUUUUAGGUCUGCAUUUUUCUGAUUGCCUUUUCAAUUUGUGAAUAGCUCAUCAUGACUUUACUUUAUGUGUAGAAGAACUCAUUUAAUCCAUGUUUAUAUGGCAAUGUUGCUUUGGAGUCCACUGUGUGUGUGCUAGUCUUGCAGAGUGAGUUUUUCUUCAUUAUAAUUGAUUAAAUGAUCUGCUGAUAAUAAAUGGUUGGG